AUGGAUUUUAUGGGGCGAGGCAGCAAGGAUGGUUCUACCCCCUAUCUCUCAGAAGCUCUAGUAGUGAGUCUAGGACAGUGGAGCAGUGUGGGAAUGAAAGGUCAGGGCUCACCUUCCCUGGAAACACUGUUUCCAGAACAAGGCGGGAAUGAGUAUGAAACUGCUGUGUCGUCAUUCAUCACAAAGGUCUACUGGUCACUUCUGGCUGGAACUGUCUACCUUGAUCAUGCAGGAGCCACCUUGUUCCCCAAGAGACAGCUAACAAACUUCACUAAGGAUCUCAUGGAAAAUGUCUAUGGUAACCCUCACAGCCAGAACAUCACCAGCAGGCUCACCCAUGACACUGUGGAGCAGGUCCGCUACAGGAUCCUGGCUCACUUUCACACCAAUCCAGAGGACUACAGCGUGAUCUUCACAGCUGGGAGUACAGCUGCUCUCAGGCUGGUGGCAGAGGCAUUUCCGUGGGUGUCCCGGACCCCAGAGAACAGUGGGAGUCACUUCUGUUACCUCACUGAUAACCACACCUCUGUGGUGGGAAUGAGGAAGGUGGCUUCAUCCAUGGAUGUCACAUCCACCCCAGUCAAGCCGGAGGACAUGUGGUCAGCAGAGGAAAGGGGUGCUGGAGCCUGUGACCCUGACUGUCAGCUGCCACACCUCUUCUGUUACCCAGCUCAGAGUAACUUUUCAGGCACCAGAUACCCACUGUCAUGGAUAGAGGAGGUCAAAUGUGGGCGGAGGAGCCCUGUGAGUGUGCCUGGGAGGUGGUUUGUGCUGCUGGAUGCGGCCUCCUAUUUCCGCACAUCUCCCUUGGACCUGUCAGCUCACCAGCCUGACUUUGUCCCCAUCUCCUUCUAUAAGAUCUUUGGGCUUCCCACAGGCCUGGGUGCUCUGCUAGCUACUUCGGAGGAGGGACUGCAGCUGCCUACCUUGCAGGAGAAGACUUUUACAUCCCUCGGACAUCGGUGGCAGAAAGAAAAACUGUACAACUCCAGUGGCCGAGAUCUAAGAAGAGCCCUUUUCUCGCUGAAGCAGAUAUUUCAGGAUGACAAGGAUUUGGUACACGAAUUUGUCAUGGCUGAAGGUCUGACGUGUUUGAUCAAGGUGGGAGCUGAGGCGGACCAGAACUAUCAGAACUACAUCCUGAGGGCACUGGGGCAGAUUAUGUUGUAUGUGGAUGGGAUGAAUGGAGUCAUUAACCACAGUGAGACCAUCCAAUGGCUUUACACUCUUGUUGGGUCAAAGUUCCGCCUGGUGGUGAAGACAGCCCUGAAGCUUCUGCUCGUCUUCGUGGAGUACUCUGAGUCCAAUGCACCACUCCUCAUUCAGGCUGUUUCUGCUGUCGACACCAAAAGAGGCAUCAAACCCUGGUCCAAUAUCAUGGAAAUUCUGGAAGAAAAAGAUGGAGUUGACACAGAGCUGUUGGUUUAUGCAAUGACCCUAGUAAACAAGACAUUGGCAGGGCUGCCAGAUCAAGACACCUUCUAUGACGUGGUAGACUGCUUGGAGGAGCUGGGCAUCGCCGCUGUGUCCCAGAGGCACCUGAACAAGAAAGGGACAGAUCUGGACCUGCUGGAGCAGUUUAAUACCUAUGAGGUGGCACUCAGGCAUGAGGAUGGGGAUGAGACAGCCGAGCCACCCCCAAGUGGGCACCGGGACCGGAGGAGGGCCAGCAUGUGUUCUGGUGGCAGUGUGGGCGAGCACCAGGGCCUUGACCGAAGAAGGAGCCGUAGACACUCGAUCCAGAAUAUCAAGAGCCCGCUGUCAGCUCCCACCAGCCCCUGCUCCCAGUCCAUCCCUGCCUUCAAGCCCAGCCAAGUUCGAGAUCUCUGUGAAAAGGAUGAGGAGGAGGAGGAAGAAGAACAGCCAAUCACGGAGCCCAAUUCAGAGGAGGAGAGAGAGGACGAUGCCCAGUGUCAGGGCAAGGACAGCGAGGCCAGCUCUGCCUCCAGACACAGUUCUCCUGGGAAGGAUGCUGCCACAGAGGGUUCUGCACCCACCACCACCUCACAGGGAAGGUGGCCUCCAGCCAGCACAGCAGCAUGAGCCUCUAGUGGGACCACUGGGUCUGAGGCCAGCCGGCCUGCCCUCUUGUCACCUCCCAGCCCUGGCUUGGCUCCUCGGCCCUCUACUGCACCAAAGGUGUCUCCAACCAUAGACAAGUUGCCCUACGUGCCCCACAGCCCCUUCCACCUCUUCUCCUAUGACUUUGAAGAUUCACCCCUCCUCACCAAGGACAAGGGAGGAGACGCUCAGACAGAAAACAGAUACAGCAACUUCAGCAACAACUCUUUUCACUCCUCUGGACCCUCAUCUGGACCUAGUGUGUCCCCAUCAUCCGUGUCAUCCUUCUCAUCCCCACAAGAGGCCAGGUCAUCGCCAAGUGGUCUUCUCACCUCCUCCUUUAGGCAGCACCAAGAGUCACUGGCAGCAGAGAGAGAACGGAGGCGACAAGAGAGAGAAGAAAGGCUGCAGAGGAUAGAGCGGGAAGAAAGAAACAAAUUCAACCGAGAAUAUCUAGACAAAAGAGAGGAACAAAGACAAGCAAGAGAAGAAAGAUACAAAUACUUGGAGCAGUUGGCAGCCGAGACGCACGAGAAAGAGCAGAGAAGCCGGAGCGUGAGUCGGGGCAGAGCUGACCUCUCCUUGGACCUGAGUUUGCCAGCAGUCCCUGCCUCAUCUUCCCCGUCAAGCCAGAGUCCUUCAUCUGCCGACUCGCAAGAGGCUCUUACAGUGCCCUCCUCCCCACCCACUCUUCAGUACCCCCAAGUAAGCAGUAAGGAUCACGGGCCUGAAUUGGAGGCAGAAGCUGAGCAGGGUGCUGAUGAAGCUAGCCAGGACAUAGCCUCUGCCCACCGGGGAGCAGAGAGCCGAGAAGAGCCAGUGCUGGAGCUGGAGCCUGAAGAAAGAGCCUCGCUGAGUGAAAAAGAGAGGCAAAACGAGGAGGUGAAUGAGAGGGACAACUGCUCUGCCUCCAGCAUCUCAUCCUCCAGCAGCACCUUGGAGAGGGAAGAGAAGGAAGGCAAGCUGUCUGAGGACAGAACGACAGGUUUAUGGUCCACCAGUCUUCAGGAUGUGGGUGUGAAUGGACAGUGUGGUGACAUCCUUACCAGCAAAAGGUUCAUGCUGGAUAUGCUGUAUGCCCAUAACAGAAAGUCCACAGAUGAUGAGGAGAAGGGUGAUGGCGAACCAGGGAGGGAGGUGGAGCCAGUGGCCAGUCUUGCCACCAGGAUAUCCACUUUGCAGGCCAACUCCCAGGCCCCGGAAGAGAGCAUCAAGAGAGUGGACAUUGGCUGUCUGGACAGCCAGGGCUGUGUAAAGGCAUUUGCUGAGAAAUUCAACAGUGGAGACCUGGGGAGAGUUAUCACCAAGAAAACAGCUGCAGAUGGUAAAAGGCAGGAGAUCAUUGUUCUGGAUUCCAAGAGGAGCAAUGCUAUCAACAUUGGCCUGACGGUGCCUCCAAGGACGAUCAAGAUAGCCAUUUUGAACUUUGAUGAGUAUGCCUUAAACAAAGAAGGGAUUGAGAAAAUUCUGACCAUGAUUCCAACUGAAGAGGAGAAGCAGAAAAUCCAGGAAGCUCAGCUGGCCAACCCUGACGUGCCCCUGGGCAGUGCUGAGCAGUUCCUCCUCACACUGUCCUCCAUCAGCGAGCUUUCAGCCCUCCACCUCUGGGCAUUCAAAAUGGAUUAUGAGACCACAGAAAAGGAAGUGGCCGAACCACUUUUGGACCUGAAGGAAGGAAUAGACCAGUUGGAGAACAAUAAGACUCUGGGCUUCAUCCUGUCCACUCUCCUCGCCAUUGGGAACUUUUUAAAUGGAACUAAUGCCAAAGCGUUUGAGUUAAGCUACCUCGAGAAAGUUCCAGAAGUCAAAGAUACAGUGCACAAGCAGUCACUUCUCCAUCACGUGUGCACCAUGGUAGUGGAAAACUUUCCAGACCUGUACUCAGAGAUCGGGGCCAUCACCAGGUCAGCCAAGGUUGACUUUGAUCAACUUCAGGAUAAUUUAUGUCAGAUGGAGAGAAGAUGCAAAGCUUCAUGGGAUCACCUUAAGGCAAUUGCAAAACAUGAAAUGAAACCAGUUCUAAAGCAGCGGAUGUCAGAGUUCCUGAAAGACUGUGCUGAACGAAUUAUAAUUUUAAAGAUUGUCCACCGGAGGAUAAUUAACAGAUUUCACUCCUUUUUGCUCUUCAUGGGCCAUCCCCCUUAUGCAAUUCGAGAGGUGAACAUCAACAAGUUCUGCAGGAUCAUCAGUGAAUUUGCACUAGAGUAUCGCACAACCAGGGAAAGGGUUCUGCAGCAGAAACAGAAGCGGGCCAACCACAGAGAGAGAAACAAGACAAGAGGGAAGAUGAUCACUGAUUCUGGCAAGUUCUCUGGCAGUUCUCCUGCAACACCAAGCCAGCCACAGGGUCUGAGCUAUGCUGAGGAUGCAGCUGAGCAUGAGAACAUGAAGGCUGUCUUGAAAACAUCAUCUACUGCUGUGGAGGACGCAACCCCUGUGCUUGGUGUCCGAACUCGCAGCCGGGCAAGCCGAGGAUCCACUAGCUCAUGGAACAUGGGAACCGAUGAGUCACCUAAUGUCACUGAUGAUGCAGCUGAUGAGAUCAUGGACCGUAUUGUCAAAUCGGCCACCCAAGUGCCCAGUCAGCGAGUGGUGCCACGGGAGAGAAAGCGUUCCAGGGCCAACCGCAAAUCUUUACGAAGAACCUUGAAGAGUGGCCUGACUCCAGAAGAAGCCAGAGCCCUGGGCCUGGUUGGCACGUCUGAACUGCAGCUGUGACUUUUUUAGGCCCUCAGAAGUGUGCUGAGCAGAGACUCAGGCUAGCCCCACCCCUUUCAGCAGGGGUAGGGAGACUUGGCUUAAACAUCUGAUGGUUGAGAACUGAGAGCUCAUUUCUGGGUGUUACACUGCUUGUGUCGCUGCUGUACAUUGACAUAGAUCCCCAGGAUCUUCUGCAUGUACUUUGUUUAUCAAGUCAGCUGUGUGUUUUUUGUUUCCUUGAUACCUGGUUUAUUAGUUCCAAGUGUGACACCUUUUCUAGGAAGCAACAACCCUUGUAAGGAACAAAUCACUCCUGUCACAGUUGUGAUGAUAACACGAGGCAAUGUGAUUAGACUCAGAAACAGAGUCUCCUCAACAACAAAAUGUCCAGAUAUAAAUGCCAAUGUUGUACACAAAAGCAAGCACAGAUUGUCUACCAGUUGUGGAUUUUAGAUGUACUAAAUGUUUAUAUAAACUCAUAAUGUACACCAUGUUUCAACUACUAAAUAAACAGAGUUUAAUGCCA